AUGGGUAAAAACGACAAGAAGCCCGCCGACAAGAAGGACGGCGGAAAGUCCGGCGGUGGCAAGAAGGGAGGCAAGGGCGAGAGCGAGGACAAGGGCGGCAAGGCGAAGGGCGCGCAGUCCAUCAACGUCCGCCACAUUCUGUGCGAGAAGCAUGGAAAGAAGGAGGAGGCCAUGGCCAAGAUCAGAGACGGAGCCAAGUUUGAUGAGGUUGCGAGGGAGUUCUCUGAAGACAAGGCCAGGCAAGGAGGCUCGCUGGGUUGGAAGACGAAGGGUAGCUUGGACCCCAAGUUCGAGGACGUCGCAUUCGCUCUCGCGACAAGCUCAACAUCAAGCCCUGUCAUCGGGGAGGCGAAGACGGAGUUUGGUUACCACAUCAUUAUGGUGGAGGGAAAGAAGUAG